AGUGAACGUUUCAGCUUUGUUAUUUGUCUGCCAACAACUCGGUUCGAGCUGCAGAAAGCUCGUGAAGCCAGUUUGAGUGAGGACUGCCUUACGCUGAUGACCAAAUCCUCUCUGGCUCAGGUGAACCUCUCUCUUCCGCGAUUCGAGUUCAGCUUCAAGCUCAAUCUGAUCCCGGUUCUUCAGGCCAUGGGCAUGCACAAGGCCUUUGAUGGUACUGAAGCUGAUUUUUCGGGUGUGUCAUUUUUAUUUGUUCCUGACCUGCCAAAUGUUGACUGA